AAUCGCUAAAUAACAGGCACCCAACACAUGCUCCACAAAAUGACGUGGGAGGGUCAAAGCAGUACCGUUACUUAUACAGUUCAGUCAGCAAAUCAGAAAUUAGGAAAUUGUGACAAGAGCAGAGGGAAUAAAUGUGAUUGGCAUUUUCAAAUAGCAUAGAAUGUAGUUGACCCAUUGGGUGGACAGAGCAAAAAUCUAGCAGGGCAUUGCCCCCAUGUCUCUUUCUAGACCCGGUCAUGUAUAGUAUAUAUAACCAAAGGCAAUUAAUAAGAUGAACAAACAUUACAGUGAAAACAGGCAGAUUAAUUGACUUGCUCAUAGUCACACAGUGAAUCUGAAAUGAAAGCAAAUCCUGAAAACUUGUGGUUAAAUGUACAAUACUAUGGCAAUCCAAUUACAUCUAACCAUUUUAGAGAUGUACUAGAUGUCUUCAGGAAUGCUUGAAAUAUUUAAGUACAUCUAUAAAUGAUUUUUGACUUGUCAUACAAAACUGCAGCCACUAAGCCACACCGUCUAGUUACUUUGCACCUUCAGCAUUACUGUAUAUUGUGGACUGUACUAAUUAGUAUAGGAGGUAUCUUCUCUUCAGAACUUUUAUUAAUAGUUUAAGGUCUAUUUUACUGUAUAUAUACUAAACAGAAGCAAAUAAAGUGGCUGAGGAAUGAACGUGCCAUCUUCACGCACCAAUGCCAGGAUAAAGUGGGCCAAACAGAACUACGUAUCGUGUGACUGUGACUGCCUUCUCAUGAGCAGUUCUGGUGGUCACGCUGCUUUACGUUGGUUUAGCACGUUUACAGAUCCUAGAGACCCAACAGACAACAAAGUUGUAGUUUUCAAUAUAUGUAAAUUACCUACAUUCAAAUGAUGCAGAUUAACAAGAAAAGAAAGAAAAAUGCAUCAAUGUACAACACAGUAAGUUUUUUUUUUUACUUCAAAUAACAUUGAACAUUCAGCAACUACACACAAAGAUGUGUAAUAUUUAAGAUGUUUUUAAUAUGCGCUAAGAAUUUAUAAUCCACUGUUCUUCAACUAUGCAGUUGUCAACUACUGUAUAAGAUUUUCUCACUAUUUAUGGGUAUUUUGUUUCCUCUGAAAUUAUGGUGUAUAAUAGAUAAACCCUUUAAACAAAACAACAUAUUUUCCAGGAAUAAAUUGAAUUUUCAGUGGACGAGGAAUCGUUUACUCUAUGCCAGAAAGCACCCAAAGCAUUACCUUUGAAAGCAUGACACCUAUAAAUGGAGCGGUCAUUCAGGUCACAAACACCAGAUCAGACCAGAGGCACUUGGGGCUGUACAGAUCAUGAUUGGUUUGGUCAGCAUUGCUGUUGGUCUGGCUCUAGCAUUAGCUGGACUGAUUGUAAUUGUCACUUCUACUCCAUUUUGGACAGGUCUUCUGUAUAUAAUUUCUGGAUCUUUUUGUGUAAUUGCAGCCAAAAGCACACAGAUUGGUUGGAUCAAAGCAGCCUUAUCCAUGAAUAUCACCAGUGCUGUGUCUGCUGUGUUUGCAGUUGCUAUGUAUUGUGCAAAGAUUCCUACAAGAAAUUUAAGUGACAGAAGCAAACAUUUCCGUUCAAAUGAAACUGCAGAUCUUGAUCAUGUGCAUUGGCUUCAAGGAUCUGACAUCCUUCUGAGUACAACAAAUGGAAUCCUUGGAGUGUUACUCAUUUUCACAGUGCUGGAGUUCCUAGUGACCAUCUCCAUGGUAGUUUUUGGAUGCAAAGCUGUUUGCAAGAACACUACGCCUGUGAUUGUCAUUCAACAAAGCUCAUUUCCAGAGGCAGCUUUUGUGGUUAAAACGUAAUUCAAGAUGAUCCUCUACUGUGAUUCUAUGGUGAUGCUGAAAUACAUCCUUCUCCAUUUCCCAGUUUUCAACUAAGGAAAAUAAUAAAGCUUCAAAGUUUUGUUUUUAUAAGAGGAGAUCUGUUUCUUAUUGUUCACCACCAGGAAGGUCAAAAUUUCCUGGGAGUAUCCAUGCUUGAAUUGUUUUCCCCUCAAUGUUAACUGGUUUAUUGCUGUACUCCAAAGUACAGUAUACCUUUGAAAGUUGAAUUUCUCCAUUGUUAAACUGAAAAUAUUUGUGCAUGUGUUUGUGUGUGUGUGCAUCUUAUGGUAUUUAACAUUAUGUUUUCGGUUUCCAAUGCUCCACAUUACACGCUCAUUACAUCUUGCCUGAAGAAGGGGCCUGAGUUGCC